CCCCACUAUGUUGUGCUGCGCUUAACUACAGCGCUCCUCGCCUUGUCGACCACAUAAUAUCAUCCCUUUCCUCAUAAUUACCCUCAUCUCAUCAUCAUCAUCGCCCUCCGCCAUGCCCGCCCCUAACUGGACUCAUCUCAUUCGCUUCAUCGCCGUCGAGGACAACCAGAUCCACCUCGGCCAGGUCGACGCCAGCACCUACCCCGAUGUUGGCCUCAGCACCUUCAAGGGCGAGAAAAUCGUCGCCAAGCUCGUCACAGGCACAAUCUUUGACGGUGUCGUCACCGACAAGGAGCUGACUGUCGCGCACCUGCUCUCGCCAAUUGCCAUGGACGAGGUGCCAAUCAUUCGCUGCCUCGGUCUCAACUACAAGGAUCACGCUCGCGAGGCAAGCAUGCCCAUCCCCAACGAGCCCGUUCUGUUCAUCAAGCCGCGAACUGCUCUGAACGGACCCUACCCCGCCAAGAUCAACAUCCCCAAGAUUGCGCAGGACGGUACUUCCGACUACGAGGCCGAGAUGGUCGUCAUUAUCUCAAAGUCUGGCAGAGACAUCCCCAAGGAGCGUGCACUCGAGUACGUUCUCGGCUACACUGCUAGCAACGACGUCAGUGCUCGUGCGCAGCAGUUCAAGAACAGCCAGUGGUGCUUCUCCAAGGGUCUUGAUGGAUCUGCUCCGCUUGGACCUACUCUUGUCUCGCCCGAGGCGAUUGGCGAUCCUCACAAGCUCCAGAUCCAGGCUAUCCUCAAUGACGCUGUCGUUCAGGACUCAAACACCAAGGAGAUGAUUUUCGGAAUUGAGGAGACUAUUGCAUUCUUGUCGCAGGGAACAACCCUCGAGCGUGGAACUGUGAUCAUGACCGGAACUGGUCCCGGUAUCGGUGCGAUGCGCAACCCUAAGAUUGUGCUCCAGGAUGGCGAUGACAUGAGAGUCUACAUGGACAAGAUUGGCACUCUGAUCAACACCGUCUGGUACGAGUAGUUUGUUUGUAAAUUGACAUCUCUUGUUUAUACAUCUUUUAUAAAAAUAAGAAAAAUCUACGAUAGAUUCUGCAUAUUCAUAGAUUGUACUCUAUACAAAGAGAUAAGCUGGAGUUG